AUGGAAGUUUGUUUCAAACUGAGAUGUUUGGAUAUUUUAAAUGAGUUUGCUGCAGCAUUACCUGCUGAGCAGAAAGUCUGCGUCAUAGAUAUUGUUUUCAUUGUUUCACAAGGGUCUAAACAUACUUUAAAGAGUGCCUUGGAAGUGGCUGAUACUUUUUCUAGAAAUGCAGCAAUGUUGGUAGUGAUAACUGCCAUUAAUUUGGUGAAGUUAAAACUCUUUAGACAUUAUUAUGUUAUGAUUGUGUGCUAUAUUUACUUCACAAGAAUUAUUGCAAUUUUAAUCCAGAUUAUGGUUUCAUUCCAGUGGAUAUGGCUCUAUCAGCUACUAGAUGAAGUAGCUACAUGGAUAUUUUUUGUCUUGACUGGUUACAAGUUCCGUCCAGCAUCUGAUAACCCAUAUCUGCAGUUGUCACAAGAUGAAGAUGACUUAGAAAUGGAUGCAGUAUUGACAACUACAGGGAUGACAGAGGGAGUGAAGAAAGUGAAGAAACUAAGCAAUGGUGUGGCGGAUACGAAAGGGGUGCAGGAGAAUAUGGCAUGAUGAUACAAAGACUUUGCACCCAUGUAGCAUUAAUAUAUCACAGUACUGUGUAAAAAGGACAUUUGCACCACGGUCAAAAACUUUCAUCAGUAUUUUUAAGACUGAAUUUAAAAUAACUGGAAACGUGGCUGGCACUAUGUAAAUGCAGUGGGGACUUUUUCACUUGUUCCAUUUUCAAACAUAAAUGACUCACUUUUUUAAGAUGUAGAUAGUGUGAUAUGAUAAAGGUAAAGGUAGGAAUAUUCAAAAAAUAUAUGUAUAUAUACUGUUAAUGGCAGCUUUUUUCCUGAAACUGCUUUGUAAAUAAUGUAGUACUAAAAGUAUGUUUACUUAUGAAGAUAUUAGAAAGACAGGGUAGUGAAUUUCUAAGAAUAAUAAUUGAGAGAAGGUUGACUGGGAUGAUGUGCAAAGCUUGUUCCCAAGCUUAUAAUAGAUGUGGAAAUAGAGGUGGGAUUCAAAACUGGACAGAAGAGUUUGGCAAUCCCUGUUGUCGAGAUCCUCCCAUUCUGCUCAGUGAGAUUUGAGUCCAUAUGGAUGGCUCCAUUUAGAGCUUAUAUGAGUAAUUAAAGUGUCCAGUUCUGUAUACUGCACUGAGCCACUGGGUAGCCUCACUGUUGCUUACCAAGCUGUUCCUAGCUAUACACUACUGAACUGAAUGCACACAUGGAUAUGGCUUCAGGAUUAGCUCAGUGUGCAGCCUACUCUGCACACUCUAAAUAAGUGCAAAUUCGAUUUUAUUGUGUUGGUUAGAGGUAGCUGUGAUUCAGUAAGGCAGCCUCAGCAACUCUGUGGGAGUGUUGUUUUUUUAACGAAGUGCACACUGAAGAGUUAGUAAAUGAGCUAAAUAUUUCAGAGUACAGGGUUGCCUACCAGAAGAGGUUUUGUUGAUUGUGAUUUCACCCAUUGAACUAAGACUAAGUGUACACCUGUUUACAUCCAGUGAUCCCAUUUUAGUUUAGCUUGUGCUUAACUGCAGAAAUACCCUUUGUGGCUAAGUGUACUAUAUUCUAGACUGGACCUAUUGUGUUAUAUGUAUGUAUGUGUGUGUAAUAUGUGUAUAUAUAUAUAUAUAUAUAUAUAUAUAUAUAUAUAUAUAUAUAUAUAUAUAUAUAAAAUGUAUGUAUGUAUACAGAGAGAGAGAGAGAGAGAAGGAAGUGUAGAGUUUUUUUAUUGGCUUCUGAAAGAGGGAAGGCUGUAACGAUCUGUGCAGGCAUGGAUAAGGAUAUCACUGAAAUACAUUUGGAAACAAUUCUCAGGUGUCAUUUUUUUAUUCAUGAGGAAGAUAGUUUUGUGGGUAUACUUUGUACCAUGCUACAUAUGCAAAACACUGAAACGGAGCAUGCAGAAGUUAAUUAGAUAGGUUUCCUCCAUUUAAUCCAUUUUUUUCCUACAUGAUGUGCUGUUGGACAUUGUUAUUGUACAGCAGUCACUACUUAUUUUUAGCUGGGUAUAUUGUCACUAUAACCUUGCAGCUUCCAUGAUACUGCAGGUGAAAUAUUCUGCCUUCUCAAAGGAGAGGAAUAUAGAGCAGAUGGUGAUAACCCAUCAUGUAACUUCCUGUCUUUUUAGUAUGAUAGGUUCAGUUUGGCAAGCAGUGGCCGCUGUACAGACAUUAAUGGUUUUGAACUAAACUUUUUAUGUAGCAACAUCCAGAUUAAUGGAAUGCUAUUACAUUUGCCAGCAAUUAUUUUUGAAAGUGCAGUUUAGCAAAUAGGAGUGUGUUUCUCUUUGGUGUCUUUUUCUGUGUAGCAGCUGGUAAAUUUUGUACACAAAGUGUUAGAGACUAGGUUGCAUAAACAAGUUUUUUCAUUUGGACCACUGUGCUUCAUAAAAGUAUGCUUUGAAUUUGA